AACAACUUUGAUGCCAUCAAAUUUGUAAUCUAAUUGCUCUUCCAAAUGAAAGUUUCACGUUUUCACUUAAUUUUUCUCAAGAGGCCCAGAUCUGUUGUUUUUUGGCUUUCCUAUUUUGUUGGUGGCCCUUAAAACAUCAGAAGAGAGUGCGACCACAGAACUUCUCCAUCUAUCGAUGGCUUCCCCCUCCUCCUUGGCCUCUCUCAGGGCCCAAGCGCACUCCUCCUUCCUCCUUAGACUACAAAGGACCGCUCCUCUCCUCAGAAGAAGAUGGUGUUCCCUCUCUCCCCUUCCCGGCCCCGGUGCCCGAUCCCUGCACCUUUUCUUCCCCAGAAUUUCCCGCAAUUUCUCCCAUUUUCGCGCUUCCCUCUCAACAAGCAACGCCGAAAUGUCAAGGCCUCCAGCUCUGCACGACGCUGCCGAGAGUUUGGACUCUCUUUUUGUCGGUACCCAACAAGAGUUGAAUUCAUCAGCAACAUCUUCUAGAGGGCGCAUUUAUCAUGAGGCCUAUGGAUGUCAAAUGAAUAUCAAUGACAUGGAAAUUGUUCUUUCUAUAAUGAGGAAUGCUGGAUACAAAGAUAUAGUAGAAACUCCAGAGAGUGCAGAAAUUAUUUUCAUAAAUACCUGUGCAAUCCGUGACAAUGCUGAGCAACGAGUUUGGCAGAGGCUCAACUACUUUUGGUUUCUGAAGAGACACUGGAAGAGCAAUGUUGCUAUUGGGCGGUCACAAUCUUGGCAUCCCCCAAAAGUGGUUGUCUUGGGUUGCAUGGCUGAAAGGUUGAAAGAAAAGAUACUUGAUGCCGAUAAGAUGGUUGAUGUAGUCUGUGGACCUGAUGCAUAUAGAGACUUGCCACGUCUAUUAGAUGCAGUUGAUUAUGGUCAAAAGGGAAUUAACACACUUCUGUCACUUGAGGAGACAUAUGCCGAUAUUACUCCAGUGAGGAUCUCCUCUAAUUCAGUAACUGCAUUUGUCUCUAUAAUGAGGGGAUGCAACAAUAUGUGCUCAUUUUGUAUUGUACCAUUCACUAGAGGCAGAGAGAGAUCUCGUCCUGUGGCAUCAAUUGUUAGAGAGGUAGGUGAACUUUUGAAGGAAGGCGUGAAAGAGGUUACACUUCUCGGUCAAAAUGUGAAUAGCUACAAUGAUUCAUCAUCUGGAACUGGUGAAGAUAUUAAAUCUGGAACUGACUGGAAAUUUAGUGAAGGAUUUUCCAGCAUGUGUAAAAUUAAGAACAUGGGAAAGAGAUUCUCUGACCUGUUGGACAUCUUGUCUUCUGAAUUCCCAGAGAUGCGAUUUAGAUUUACAUCACCACAUCCUAAAGAUUUCCCUGAUGAAUUGUUAUAUCUAAUGCGUGAUAGAUAUAACAUUUGUAAAAUUAUCCAUUUGCCAGCACAGACAGGAAGCACAGCAGUACUUGAAAGAAUGCGCCGUGGAUAUACUCGAGAAGCAUAUCUGGACCUUGUGCAAAAGAUUCGGAAAAUCAUUCCUGAUGUUGCCCUGAGCAGUGACUUCAUAACUGGAUUCUGUGGAGAAACAGAAGAGGAACAUCUGGAAACUUUGAGCCUUCUGAAGGCUGUAGGAUAUGACAUGGCAUACAUGUUUGCAUAUAGCAUGAGAGAAAAAACUCAUGCACACAGAACUUAUGAAGAUGAUGUGCCAGAGGAUGUCAAACAGAGGAGACUGACAGAGCUUAUUGAUACAUUCCGUGAAACGACAGGUCACUGCUAUGAUUCGCAGAUUGGAACCCUCCAACUUGUGUUAGUAGAAGGACCUAACAAGAGAGCUCCUGAUACGGAGCUUAUAGGUAAGAGUGAUAAAGGCCACAGGGUGACAUUUCAGAAGGUUCCUCUGCCAUGUUUGGACUCCAACCUCUUGGGUGCAAAUCCUGAUGCGGAUUUUCCCACAAAGCGUAAUCCAGUCGUUGGUGAUUUUGUUGAAGUCCGUAUUUUGAGAUCAACCCGUGCCUCACUGUUUGGUGAGGCCGUAGCAAUAACCAGUUUGAGCAAAUUCCACAGUAAAGAAUGCACGACUGAUUCAACAAUGUAUUCAUAUGUUGCAUUGUGAUAUGGUAAAAAUGGUUUCUUUUUUUUUUUUACUGAAGUCUGAAGAGCUUUACAUGAUUACCCAAAUUAAUUCUGCUUAUAGUUAAAGGGAGUAUCAAGCUCAUCCCUUCUAGAGCAACCCUCAGCAUCCCGUCAUCUACUCGCAGUGGAAACUCUGCAUAGCAUGGAAAUGUUACAGGGUUUUGUAACAGUCUGCUGUUGUCUCUUGUCUUUAAUCUCUCGUGGUUUAAGUUGAAGUACCCAUUGAACCAUUUUCAAGUGCAUUAAUCCAUUCCUGUGGAAUUUAGCACGGUUGCUGAU